GUAAGGCUUGGCGCUGAUUGGCUGAUCUUACGGGCAGUAGAGUCCGGCAAAGUGUCGAACUGAAGACUCAAGUGAAGAGGAAGUACUUUUUAAAAUGGAAAUCUGAUAAAUCGUAGUUUAACUGUCUGCAGCUGAACGGAGGGAGAAGCCAUGCCCGCGCAACCUCCUGUGAGGGAGCCAGAGGAGGAGAUGGAGGCAGGAGAGUCACAACUCCCUGAGGCCAACGGAGAGGUGGAGGAACCGCAAGAAAAUGAAGGAAGAGGAGGUGGUGGUGGAGAGGAGACCAUGGAGGAGAGCAUGGAAGAGAGGGAGAGUGACCUAGAAGAGAGUGAAGAGGAAGAAGAGGAGGAAGAAGAAGAGGAGAGUUCAGAGAUGGAUGAUGAAGACUGUGAGCGGAGGAGAGGAGAAUGUCUAGAUGAGAUGUUGGAUCUGGAAAAACAAUUUCAGGAGCUGAAAGAGAAGUUGUUUCGAGAGCGACUGAACCAGGUGAAAGUGAAGUUGGAUGAGGUGUUGACAGGGAAGGCUGGAGAAUACAGAGAACCACUGGCUGCACUACAGAACAGCAUGCAGAUACGAACACAAGUGGCCGGAGUAUACAGAGAGCUGUGUCUGCAGGUCAUCAAACACAAGCAUGAGUGUGAAGUACAAGGAGCAAGACAGCAUCUGGAGAGUGAGCGAACGUUGUUGAAAGAUGCCAUGAAGACAGAACUGCUGGAAAAGAUAAGACGAUUGGAGGAGGACAGACAGAAUAUAGAUCUCACCUCAGAGUGGAGUGAUGAGAUGAGGGGCAAGAAGUGUAAAAGAAAGAACUUCCUGGGUCGGUCAGAGAGAAAAAAGAAAGUAGCUCUGGUUUCAGGACCUUUCAUUGUCUAUAUGUUGAAAGACAUUGACAUCCUUGAAGACUGGACUGCCAUAAAAAAGGCAAAAGCACUGUCGCCACUAAAAAAGAAAGCUGAAAUUUGUCUUUCAGAACGGUGAUGAUGGGAGGGUCCCAGCAGCAAAGACACCAAACUUAACACAUACACAUUCCCAGCUACUUCCACUAACAGUUACAGUUUUGUGUCUUCGACUGAAGCCCAGCAGACUGUUGUGUGAUUUUUUUUUUUUUUCUGCUCCUUUGACCCCAGCAACCAGCAAUCCCUACUGCUUGUUUGUUAUCUAUUGCUAUUUAAAAUAAGUUCUUAAUGAUAUGACAACCAUGUAUUUAUAGAAUGAUUUAUAAUGGUGAUUAAAAUUUUAAUGUUUUGUGACAAA